AUGGGGUGCGUGACGGUAGCCGCUGUAGCGCCACUCGAGGAUGCUCCAUCACUCAGUUGGAAGCAUUGGAAGUGUCAAAUUGUCAUAAAACAUCUUUGGUCACAGAGUACAACUACUCAUCAUGAGGUGUCACAGGCAAUUGCUCUUCGCCGAUUUUAUUCAGAACAAGCUCGUAACGAAGACGUAAUAGUAGAUUACGAUUAUGUUAAAAAUGCUACAAAAAAUAAAAAUAUCCUAGUUAUUGAUGUAAGGGAGCCUAAUGAAGUAAAGGAACAUGGAAAAAUUCCUAACAGUGUUAAUAUUCCAUUGGGUAAUGUGUCUACCGCACUUGGUACAAUGUCUGAAAAAGAAUUUGAAAAAUUGUACAACAUACCUAAACCUACAGAAGAAACUGAAAUUAUAUUUUACUGUAUGAUAGGAAAGAGGUCUGGCAUGGCACAACAAAAUACUAUUAAUCUGGGAUAUAAAAAUGUGAAAAAUUAUCUUGGCAGUUGGUUAGAGUGGGAGAGCAAAACACGUUAGUCAAACUGAAGCAGGAGUUAUGAAAACUAGUCUUCAUUCAUUUUUUGUUACUUAUACAUAUUUUAUUUGAUGUUGGUUUUUAAAUAAAACUAGUUUUUAUUAUA